AUGUGGGCAAAGCUUGGACAAUCAAGUGCUGUGUCAAUGUUUUUCAUGUUCAGUGACGCUUUGCUGUCGGAGUUUGAUUCCCUCAUACAAUUUGUGGACUCUUCGUUCGACUUCUUCCAAGCGGAAUUCAGUCUCAUGUUGUAUCCAGUUUUUGCACAUUCCUACAUCAAGCUACUUAUGGAAAAUUCUGUGAAUAAUGCUAGAGAAUUCUUUAAACGCUAUUGUAAACGAAUACCAACGCCCUACGAAGAGCUUGUCUACAACCUGGAGCGAAUUCAAUCUGCGCAUCAGGCCCAAGCUGACACUUAUAUACAGCUUUUGAUGAAAAAUCCUUUUCUGGUCAAAAUGUCCAAAUCAUCAAUAAAGCAACUGGAAAUUCCUUUGGCACGUACACCUACGAUCAAAAAUAUUGUUAAGGAGCAUAUUACCAUAGAAGCCUCUGAUGUCAUUUCUAAGCUGAGAUCAAGCGUUGAAUCACAAAUGGGUGGAAUUCUCGGUCAGGUCUCCAAAAACGAGAAACGGCAUAAAAUGUACUACGGUGUUCUUAAAGACGACGUUUCUCAAACAAUCGAAAAGAAGAAAACGCGAGGUAAGGACCUGAAAGACAACAAGAAAAGUCAGGCACUCGCCCCGGUUCCUGAUCGAAUUCCCCUACCGCCCCUUAGCGAAGCUCUACGGGAAGAGCGACGAAAAGCAAUGCGGGACGCCGCCAAGCUCACCCUGGUAUCGCAGGAAUCGCCUCCUUCCGUAUGUAUGCUGACUGCUCUCAACGCAUACGGCCUUGUUUCUUCAUCCUCGGAUGGUUCUAUAGAGCUUACUGCUUUUGACGAGGAGCAGAAGUUGAAGAAGUUGCGGGAUAUGGAUGCGCUGGAACGAAUCGAUACUGACGCCGAUAACGUUUCGGAUUUACUCUAUGAUGAUGCGAGUGCUAAGUCGGAAGUGACAUUGCACGGCCAUUCUGGAGUUGUAUAUUCGGUUCACUUUUCUCCUGACAAUCGCUUGUUGGCUUCAUCUUCGUUGGAUUGUACGAUUAGAUUGUGGAGCUUGGAAACGCAGAAAAAUGUGGUGGUCUAUCGACUCAGCCGUCCGGUGUGGCAGGUGCAAUUCUCCAAUCGUGGUUAUUACAUGUGCAGUGCUGGAGAAGACAAUACUGCCAUGUUGUGGUGUACAGAGCGAAUGUAUCCCUUGAGGAUUUUCCCAGAUUGCUAUGGAUCCGUGAAUUGUGUGGAUUUCCAUCCCAACUGUAAUUACGUUGUAGGAGGUAGUUGUGAUCGCUAUGUUAGAGUGUGGGAUGUGCUGACGGGUACUUGUGUUCGCACAUUUUCCGGGCAUUCAGCCGCUGUGACUGCUGUCAAAGUCUCUCCCUGUGGUCGAUACAUCAUUUCAACCGGGGCUGAUGGUGCUGUUUGUGUAUGGGACGUUGCCUAUCAACGAUUAGCAGGAAUGGAAACUAGAGACUUCAAAGGAUCUAUG